AUGCACUUUUCGAUACCCAACACACAAGAGUUCGUAUCCGAUGGAAGCGGAUCAUCGUACACGGGCUUCAACAUUCACAUAAACGGCAGUUUUCACUGUUGCCUUCGAUACAAGCAGCUGCACAGUCUGCACGAACAGCUUAAAAGGUCUCUACCGUCGAUCGCACUUCCCAGCUUUCCUCCAAAGAAACUGCUCUCUCUCACACCGAACCAAAUCGAACAGAGGCGUUUGAGCUUAGAGCGUUACAUACAGCUAGUGGGCCAGGAUCCGGUACUGUGCCGGUCGGAGUUAUUGCGCGCGUUCUUGUUGAACGCUCAGCAGGAGUCUUCAUUUACCGAAUGUAGUGAGGUAACGCUGGACGUUUACCUUAUGAAUGGCUACCGAAUAUCGGCCAACGUCUACACAACCGAGUGCACGAGCAAGGUGCUAGAGAAGGCUUGUGCACUGAUCGAUCUACCGAAGGAUCGUGCCUGCUACUUUGCGCUCUACCUAAUGCGCAAGGAGCCAAACGGCGAGUUGACGAUCGUAAAACGUUUGAUGGAUUUUGAAGCUCCGUACAUUUCAGCGAAGCGUUGGGAUGAAUGCAAGCUGGUGCUGCGCACCGGAUUCUGGGAUCCGUGCUAUGAUGUCGAGCUGAUGCGUGAUCGGAUCGCGCUUAAUCUGCUCUACAUCCAAGCGCUCAGCGAUGUCGAACGGGGCUGGAUCGUAACGUCCCGCGAUCUUAGCGAGCAGCUCACAAACAUGCAGGCGCGGGGCAGCAAGAGCGAAUAUCUGGAAGUCGUCCGGAAGCUACCACUGUACGGAUGUCUACAGUUUCCACGUGCCAAUGUGGACUUUCCCGAACCGAAUACGAUAGCGACGGUCGUGCUGGGAAACAAGGAACUCAAUUUGCUGACAUACGAGGGCAAAGAGAUGCAGGAAACCAAAUUCAAAGUCACGCGCAUCCGCUGCUGGCGUGUAACUCCUAUUCAUAUUAAUGAAGAACAAUCCUCAACUGUUAAUGGUCGCUUGCAACAAUCAUCCCAACCAUCGCCAUCACAAUCGUCCACGAUCAGCUUGGAGCUUUCGUUCGAGUACUUGAUGGCGAAAAACCAGCUCAAGUGGAUUACAAUCUAUAGCGAACAGUCGAUGCUUAUGUCCGUGUGCCUUCAGUCGAUCGUCGAUGAGCUGCUCAAUCAGAAGAAUGGAUCCGAUCCCGCACAUUUGCAGAACCCACAACAUGUAGAUUAUACGCCAUUCUGCUACAUUCGACGAGAUGGAUCAAAUCAUUGCAUAACUGAUUCUUGUUCAACCGAUACUCUCUGCAAUCUAGUUAAUAACGAUAGUAGUAGCAACAACGGAACAUCGAACCAGGCGACGCAACAACAACACUCCACAAACAACGGGUCUUCCUUUAUUCGACGCAAAUUGAAGGAGUUCAACACGACAGUACGCUUCAAAAAUGGCAAAGAUUCCGUGCAGAACGAAGCGUUCGAGUGGAUCGGUGACGACGAUCUUUAG